AGUAACCAUUAGCAACGAAGAAGAAGCUAUUGAGCUAACGUAGUGAUAGUUUAGCUUUAAAUUAUGCUGUGAGAAAAUUGCCAGUAUGGAUAAAAAGAAGAAACCCCUUGAAGUAGCAGCGUCAACUCUGGUUGACCUUAAAGCUGAACUGUACAGGAAGCAGGAACAGUUUAAACGGGAGAAACUCGGACAGGAAAAUGCCGAAGCUGGACUAAAAACCAAACUAAACUCCAAGAAGCCCAAUAUUUGGAGUAAACAAAACGCUGGAGUUUCAGCUCGAGCUGCCAAAGAUGCAGAGCAGCUGUCGGAGGAACAAGUCACUCUGGACACAGCCAGGCGCAAACUGGAGGAGAAGGCCAGACUCUAUGAGCAGAUGACAAAAGGAGACUUCCCAGAUGAAGAGACGGAGGGACUUUACCUUGUUGACUUCACCCAGAAGAUAAUUGACAAGAAGAGAGAAACAUUUGCACAGAAAGAGAAGGAGGAGGAAGAAAAGGCCUGUUUGUCUCCCAUCCCUCCUCCUCAGAAUCCAGAUGAGGAAUGGGUGGAUUAUGUGGAUGCUUUGGGCCGGUCUCGAAGAUGCAUGAAAAAAGAUCUGCCAAGUUUCAUGAAAAUGGACCAGGACCUUAAUGGAAAGGGAACAGUCUCCAGUGAUAAGACGUUACUCUCAGAGGACAUGCGUCGAGAGCUGCAGAGGCAGGAGUGGGAGAGGGAGGAGGAGGAGGCCAUGAAGAGGCCGGUCGGACCGAUCCACUACGAGGACAUUAGAGCACAAGAGGCGAGAGAGCUUGGUGUGGGAUACUUUGCUUUCUCUCAGGAUCAAGAACAGCGCAGAAAGCAAAGAGAAACUCUGGACAUGCUCAGAGACCAGACCACAGAUCAGCGGACUAAAAGAGAACGACUGAAAGAGAAGAGGCAGGCCAUGCUGCGGGCUCGACUGGCCAAGGUUAGGCAGAGGAAGAAGAAGGCUAAGAUGGAUGGCACUGAGGAAGAGGAGAAAGAAGAAGAAAAUCAAGGAGAGGAAGGGGAGGAUGAAGAAGUUGGACCUUUCCCUCCAUCAGAUGUGCCACCAGAGGUCAGCACUCUAAAGAAGGUGGAAGUGGAGAUUCAGGAGAGAAGGGAUACCAAACCUGGAGUUCCCCAUGUCAGAGAAUGGGACAGAGGCAAAGAAUUCAUGUUUAGUGAGUGGAAAAAUCGACUUCGAGAGGAGCGAGAGUCGGAGUUUGCCCCUCCCUCUGCAUACUUCAGUGAAGACAGAAGACCAAAACUGGGAAAUACUAAAAGUCAGCAGAAUAAAUCCAACAUGCUCUUUAAAUCAACUAAAUAUCCUGAAGAGGUCACUAAAAGUGAGACCAAACCAGAGCCUCCAGUUGUGUCUUCACCUCCUCAGCCUCAGCAGGAGGAUCCCCCUGCAUAUUUUCAGUCUCCACCACCCACUCCUGCAGGGAGCUCCUCGUCUUCAGCUCCACCGUUUAUUCCCCAGUACCCACCACCGCCACCUUUCUAUCCCCCGUUUCCCCCUCCUCCCUUUCAGUUUGCAGGACCGCCACAUUCCCAUCCUCCAUUCAUCCCACAGUACCAGUACCCGGCCCAGUAUGCUCCACAGGAGCCACCUCCUCCAGGAGAGGAGACUCAGACUCAGCAGCCUCCUGGAAGUGCUCCUCAGAGUUUAGAUGACAUGUUGUCCUUCUACAGGAACUCCACCUGAAGGCUUCUUUUAUGUAUAUAAUUACUGCAAUAGAAAACUGAGUCUACUUAAGAAU